AUGAAACUAUUAGAGCUGUUUUUUAUGUUAAUGUUGUUUACUAUUAGCACAAGUAGUGCUAAACAUUCUAGGAGGGAUAAUACAUUGAAGGUGGCUAAUGAAGAAAAAGACUACUUGAAUUGGAUCAAUCGCAUGAGUUCUCGCAAUCAUUCUGUUUUCCAAGAAGCGAAGAACAAAUUAGAGCCUUGUAAAUUUAUUAAGGUGAAUAAAAACCCGAAAUUCGGAGAUUUUACUACGGUUCAAAAGGCUAUUGAUUCAAUCCCAAUAGUCAAUUCAUGUCGAGUGGUUAUUUCUGUUAGUCCUGGGACUUACAGGGAGAAGAUUGAAAUUCCAGCAACAAUGGCUUACAUUACCCUGGAGGGUGCUGGUUCACACAAAACAACUAUCAAAUGGGAUGACACUGCAGAUAGGACAGGAAAAAGUGGCCAACCAAUGGGAACUUAUGGUUCCGCAACUUUUGCUGUUAAUUCCCCCUACUUCAUUGCCAAAAACAUCACCUUUAAGAAUGUAGCACCACCGCCACCAUCAGGGGCACUAGGAAAGCAAGCGGUGGCAUUAAGAAUUUCGGCAGACACAGCGGCGUUCAUAAAUUGCAAGUUCAUUGGAGCACAAGACACACUGUAUGAUCACAGGGGCAGGCACUAUUUCAAGAACUGUUAUAUUCAAGGUUCUGUAGAUUUUAUAUUUGGUGAUGGGCUGUCCCUUUAUGAGAAUUGUCAUUUACGUGCCAAAACAAAAAGCUAUGGGGCCUUGACAGCCCAGAAGAGGGAGAGUUUACUGGAGGAAACUGGAUUCUCUUUUCUCAAUUGCAAAGUUACUGGAUCUGGUGCUCUUUACUUGGGCAGGGCUUGGGGUACUUUCUCUAGGGUCGUAUUUGCUUACACUUACAUGGAUAAAAUCAUCACAUCAAAGGGAUGGUAUGACUGGGGAGAUAAGAACAGGCAUAUGACAGUAUUUUAUGGGCAAUUCAAGUGUUCAGGACCAGGGGCAGACCAUGGUGAAAGGGUGAAAUGGUCCAGGGAGCUCACUGAACAAGAAGCUAAACCGUUUAUCUCACUCAGUUUCAUAGAUGGUCAUGAAUGGCUACUCCAUAUUUGA